AUGCACAUGGAUUCAAGCAAUAUUCUUGAUGAGUCGUUUUGUGAGGAGUCUCCAGUCGAAAUGGGCCAAUCCUUUAUAAAGAAGAGGUGCUACGACACCAAUGUUGAAGCGGCAGGUGUAAGCCAAGUUUGCUCUCCGAGUGAUGAUAUUAACGCGAAGCUGGACACCAAUGUUGAAGAAGAGGAAGCGGGAGGUGUAAGCCAAGUUUGCGCUCCGAGUGAUGAUAUAAACGCGAAGCUGGACAUUCUUCUUAAUAACCAAAAAGCCAUAUGGGAUACUUUGCAGACAAGCAUCAACAACCAAGCAAAGUUGUCAACAAAUCAGGCGGAGCUGGAGAAGAAAUUCAUAUCACUCCAAAUGAAUGCAGUCGAAAACGCGGAAUUUCUCGCUCUAGCGAAAUCAGCACGCGAAAUAAAGGUUUCGGUGCAAAAUAUAGAAAAGGAAGUUUGUCGUAUGACGGGCGAAGCAUGUGACAAAAUUAUGAACGAAAUUGCCACCAUGUUGCCCUGCUCCGCAUAUACCCCGAUAAUGGCGCUCGAGGAGAAAUUAAAGGCCAAGGAGUAUGUGAAAGCAAUGACCACAUACUUGUACAAAGUCAAAGGCAUGUCGGACGACGUUGGCGGUGUUUUCAAAAAGCUUUUCACCGAUGAGUCCUUGGCUGAAUUUAAUUGGGAAGGGAGGUGGGAGAAAAAAGCCUUGAGAGAACUGACGUUAUUUGAGCAUGUUUUGCGCGACGUUUUCAAUAAAAUGACGUCCAAGGAGUUCGAGCACGCGGUUAAAAAACAAGUGGAGCGGAGUCAUCAUCGUCUUCAUCAAAAAAAAUAUGACUCCAAGAAAAGCGACAAAAAAUAA